AUCUACUGUGUCUGCUGUACUGCUCGGAUGCCCGAUGCUAUUGACAUGACGGGAAAACCGGGCUAUGAAUCCUCACGCAUCCAUUCACGAUCCUACGAAAACCUUCUGAAAAGGAAACCAAUAGGAUGGAAUGGACUAGAUUUAGAAGGGAGAGGACUGCGGAGAGUGCGAUUCAACCACCAGAGGUUCAACCAUCGCAGUCGGAGAUUGCGUCUCCACCAUCGGAGAGGAAUGCGACUCCACCGGUUCAGACAGCUGAGGCUCCACUAUUCACAGCCGCCGAAUCAGCUAGGACUCGCUUAUCAAAUCCAUAUCGGCCAUGGUGUGUGCGCUUUCUUAUGCCAUUUUAUCAGGUUCCAAGGGCUCUACUGGUCCAAAAUAGCGAUGUAUUCCUCGAGAUCAGUUCUGAUGAACCCUCUCGAGUCCUGUCUGUUUCAACCUUCUCCCCCAUUGCGGAAAAUUCUCAACAUUCUCCAAAUUUCACACAAGUAUUGUUGUGAGGCCAUCAAGAAUUUUGCGCGCCCUCUGGCACUUCGGAUGACUUCCAGCACGAGCAUCAGAGCGCACACCGGUCCCUCACUCCCAGUAGAGAUCGUCUUCCGCAUCGGGGUGAAAGUCUUCGAGUCAUCAAUCUACCGGAGCGCAUGGGGAUUGAUUCUCGAAGCGUUUAGGGAGCACAAAAUGACGGCCCGCGAUCUCCUCAAUGAGGGCCGUCACUCCGGCUUGGAUGAAAUAUUGGCAUCUGCUCUCUACGAGGCUAUGAUUUCGGGACGAGAGAGGUGGGACAGAGACGGUUUAAGCUCAAAAGCGCGCCAGGCUCUCGCGAGGGGUAUGUUAAGCUGUACUGAAGAUUGGAACGCUUUUGUGUUUCGAUUAGCUUCGGGAAACCUCGAAGUCCCCUGGCGGCAGCCACGACGGCGAUCUGCUUUCCUUCCACACCCGACGCCUGUAGAAGGACCUUACAUUGUGAUUCCAUCCCAAUGCUGUCGCCAUGCCCGCCAACAAUAUAACGCUGAACUUGCGACAAUUUCCCAAAUCCAUGCGUUCUUUAGAGUCCCCUCGUACGAUAUCAUUGGAAGGUUGUCCAAGAUUAGGGAAGAGCUGCCAGAUAUCCGAAACAAUCCUCAUCAUCACGAACAGUGGAGGUACCCAUCUCAUGAAUGUGAGGAUUGCUGGGGGACUGUUGUGGCUUACGCAAAAGAAACCAAGGCUUUGAUCACGUCGCAGCUGUCGCUUUACUUCUUUGAAGGACAACACCGGCGGAGCUCAGAAACUCGAUAUGGGGGUGGAUUGUUCGGCGUAGUGGAUUCUCUUGAUCUGUAA